AUGGCAGCCUCCCUUUCCAGUAGCACAAUGGCGAAGAAGGUCAAGUCGAAGGUGGACACCAUCAACACCAAGAUCCAACUGGUGAUGAAAUCCGGCAAAUACGUUCUCGGGACGCAGCAGUCACUCAAGACACUUCGUCAGGGCCGCAGCAAACUCGUCGUCAUUUCCGCGAACUGCCCGCCGAUUCGCAAGGCGGAGAUUGAGUACUACUGCACUUUAAGCAAGACGCCAAUUCACCACUACAGCGGCAACAACCUUGACCUUGGAACGGCAUGCGGAAGGCAUUUCCGUGCUUGCGUACUUUCCAUUACGGAUGUUGGUGACUCUGACAUCACUUCUGCAUAA